UCGGUUUCCUGCCCCGACCUUUGAUGUUGUGCUGGUACUUUGGCCAAAGCAGCAGUGCUACGUGGCUGUUAUGGCAAAACAAACCGGGAACUGGGGUUCAGACUGAGGCCUGGAACAGGAGCUAUACCAUCUCUACCGCGGAACUGGGGUUCAGACUGAGUGCUGGAACAGGAGCUACACCAUCUCCACCACGGCACUGGGGGUCAGUCUGAGGCCUGGAACAGGAGCUACACCAUCUCUACCACGGCACUGGGGAUCAGACUGAGUGCUGGAACAGGAGCUACACCGUCUCCACCACGGCACUGGGGGUCAGACUGAGGCCUGGAACAGGAGCUACACCAUCUCUACCACGGCACUGAGGUUCAGUCUGAGGCCUGGAACAGGAGCUACACCAUCUCUGCCACGGCACUGGGGUUCAGACUGAGUGCUGGAACAGGAGCUACACCAUCUCCACCACAGCAUUGGGGAUCAGUCUGAGUGCUGGAACAGGAGCUACAGGAAGUCCACCACUACACUGGAGAACAUACUGUGACCUGGAACGGGAGCUACAGGAACUCCACCACUACACUGGAGAACAUACUGUGACCUGGAACGGGAGCUACAGGAACUCCACCAAUACACUGGAGAACAUACUGUCACUGGGAACGGGAGCUACAGGAACUCGACCACUACACUGGAGAACAUACUGUGACCGGGAAAGGGAGCUAAAGCAUUAAGCAUCUCCGCCACUACACUGGAGAACAUACUGAGACCUGGAACAGGAGCUACACCAUCUCCUCCGCUUUCUACAAAGCAAGUGGGGGGAUCUUUUUACCAGGCAGCAAUGGUCUCGGAUAUGGAGAAUAUCCCAUAUGGUGUUAUUCAGAUAGUCUUAUCAAAUCUUUUCUCCAGCUUCCUGGCUGCUGUAGCAGUUGCUGCUGCUGCUGUUUGGUGUGCCAGAGACUCUCUGAAGGUCUCUGCCAUAGCUCAGAAAUGGGUUUUAGUGACAGGAUGCGACAGUGGCUUUGGACACGCCUUGGCUCAACAGCUUGACCAGCGAGGUUUCCGUGUUAUAGCCGCCUGUUUGACAGAGAAAGGUUCUUCACAGUUGAAGAAUGUCACAUCCUCCAGGCUAAAAACAGUCCUGCUGAAUGUUACCGAUAGCACCAGCAUAGAAAACACCGUGGAGUUUGUACACGCAGAGGUCGGGGAGCAAGGUCUGUGGGGUUUGGUAAACAAUGCCGGACGGUCCACUCCCAUUGGCCCAUCAGAAUGGAUGCAGUUGGAGGACUUUAAGAAAGUUCUAGAUGUGAACCUGAUCGGGGUGAUUGAAGUCACUCUUAGGCUCCUCCCCCUUGUGAAGAAGGCCCAGGGCAGGGUGGUUAAUGUGGCCAGUAUCAUGGGGAGGCUGGCAUUAACUGGAGGAGGUUACUGCCUGUCCAAGUCGGGGGUUGAGGCCUUCUCCGACAGCCUGAGGAGGAACAUGAAGCCCUUUGGAGUGAAAGUCAGCAUUAUUGAGCCCGGCUUCUUUAAGACUGGAGUUACCAGCUUGGACCUCAUAGAAACAGACCUACAGAGGCUAUGGAACCAGCUCCCCGCAGAAGUGAGGAACUCGUACGGAGCAGCAUAUCUGGAGAAAUACCUGGAAGCCCAGAGAUUCUCCAUGAACAUCCUGUGCAGUGCAGACAUCUCCAAGGUGACCGGGUGCAUGGAGCAUGCUCUGACUGCGCGACAUCCCCGCACCCGCUACAGUCCAGGAUGGGACGCCAAACUCAUCUGGAUCCCUCUGUCCUACCUCCCUUCAUUCCUGUCCGACUUUGCCAUCAAUGCCCUCCUUCCAGUUCCCGAAGACAAUCGGCAAUGUGCUUCCUGUACCUGAGGCAAGAGCAUCAUUUACAGCUUGCAGUUCUCGGGGUCCAUGCAUUUCAACCCCCCCUAUAUUCAAACUAAAGUUAUGCCCUUGACCUGAGGAUAACCAGGUCCUGUGCCAAAACCAUGUUGAUGUUACAAAGACUUUACUCAUGACAUUUAAUAUUACUGCAUUUGCCAUGUAAAUUUUUCCAUGCAUUCAAAAUGUUAUCGUCCAACCGACUUGUUUCCUGUAAAGGUGGAAUUAUUCUGUGUUAUACUGUGUAAAGUUCUCAGUGGUUUCCAGCUGGACUUACAAAAGUUAAGUUACACAAUCAGUUGAAUUUUUUGAUAAAAUGCGGUUGUUCUUUUGGGUACACAAUGAAAAACACCUAGCUCAUUUGAAGCCAGAUUUUGUGAUUUUGUAAGUGCAAAGUCCGUAGGCAAAGUGAGUGAUCCUCAUUAGCAGGACACUCUACACAGCAUUUGCCUUUUAAGCCACUGGUUCCAAAAUGUGGUUCUGGGGACCCUGUUUGUAUUCUGGUUUUUGUUACAGGCAAUUUCUUAAUCACUUAAGGAUGUUGAAAAAGUGUUUAAGUUCUAUAAUCUUUGUUUCUAAAAAAUGAUGUGAACACAUGGCAAAUUUGGCUUGUUGCCACUGGUUCACCAUUUAACUGUUCAUUUUACCAGAGGCACAUGCAUUAAACUAAAAAAAAAAACAGUUAA